AUGACUCAAUCCGUGAAAAAUCCCAAUGCCAUCCGCAAGGCUGAGAAAAAGGCCGAGAAAGAGGCUACCAAAUUGCAGCGGAUCAUCAAGCUUGAGAACGCCCUCAAAGAGGUCCAGGCCCAGAAUUCGAAGGUCACUACUAUGCUUGCCUCCAUCCGGGCCAAGCUUGAGUCUCUGCAGAUGCAGAUCGACCGUCACCAGAGUAGCUUCGAAUACCUGAUUAGCUCGUCCGAGAAGCUCCGUGAGAGUCUCCGAGACAACCACCUCCAGUAG